AUGGAAUUUGAUUUCAAAAGUGAAAAUAUGGCGAUUGUUUGGACGAAAGCGGUUUCCGUCUUCUGUCUAGUCCUUUCUUUACUUAAACUGUCGUCUGCUCUCCUGGAACCAAAUCCGUUUCCGGAAACAUUGAAAGAAUGCUACGACUUCCGUUCCUAUAACAUGACACCAUCUGACGAAGUAGCUCUGAUGAUACAAAACCAUUGCUUCAAGAAUUACCAGUACAAGCAGAUUGCUGAGGGGAAAGUCUGGACUGCCCCUAAUAUCACGCAGGAGGGUAUGAACUACAUCAACAGCUUGUUUCGAAAGUUAUUCGGUGAGAUAGUUGCCUCUAGCAAAUCCAAACACCAGAAGCGGCAAGCUGCUGUUAGAUUCAGGCGGGAGGUCCGAAGUCCGGGUGCCUUUGCUCCUUUUGCCAACUGCAUCCAAGAUCUCUAUGGAAGGAAUGCACAAUCCGAUCCUCCAAUGAACAUGUAUCAGGUGAUAGCGUCACUACACACGGGACAAGUACUACAAUCAGCGCACGAAGGAGCGGCUUUCCUGCCCUGGCACAGAAUAUACCUAUUGCUUCUUGAGACCGCUUGCCGUGGCGUGCCUGUGCCAUACUGGGAUUCCACGGUGGACCAUGUUAUGCCUGACCCCACCAGAUCAAUUGUGUGGAGUGAGCAGUUCUUUGGAAAUGGUGAUGGACAAGUAUUGACGGGACCAUUCCGGAAUUUCCAAACGACUGUUCCUGGGGAUAGUAUUACAAGAGAAAUUGGAACAAGUCGAAACGCUUUAUUCACCAAAGAAGGUCUUGCAGCAGUUUUGAGUCGAACACGGUAUUCAGAAAUUGUUGAACCUAAAAGAGGACGCGAAUAUGUGUAUAGUUUAGAAGGCCAUCACAACGGUCCACACAACUGGGUUGGAGGUCAUUUACCCCUUCCCUGGGUAGCUGCAUUCGACCCUGUCUUUUUUAUGCACCAUGCCUACGUUGAUGCCGUUUGGGAAGUAUUCCGGGCACAGCAGAUACGGAAUGGAAUCGACCCAGGACGAGAUUAUCCUCUUCAAAACGAACCUGGACACGGUCCAUUUGACAUAAUUGAUUUCCGGCCCUACUUUCCUCCCAUACGAAACAUUGACGCGAUGUCCCAAGCUGUAGCGCGACUUGUUAGAUACGAACCAUUCCCGUCAUGUCAGAAUAACUGUAAUUCAAGUCCACACUUAACCUGUGUAGGGGGAGUGUGCAUGUCUAGAGCACGCCCUGCAGCCUCACCUAUAGAAUCUUUUGGAGGUGCAGCAGCUUUUGGUCCAAGUGACCAAGACGUUCCAUCCCAGUCACGAGUUCUUGCACAGGCCCGAGGUCCUAUACCCGGCGGGGAAAGAUUCCGUUCCUCGCCAUUCAUGGACACCCGUAAUCGCCCAAAUACUAUCGGGAACGCCCCAGUAGCACCCGAAUUAGAGGCUGCCAGUUUCCAAGCAAGGACUGCAGGAAUGCGAAGCAAACGCGAUGUAUCCAAUAUUCUUCAUUACAACGUUUCAUCAAACGCCCACGUCCAGUCAGUAUCUUCAUUGGAACGAUCCUACACAAAUACUUUUAUCAUGGAUGGGGUGAUUGAUGUGAAGCGCUGGGUUUACGUACCCGUUCGUGUUGUCUACAACAGAACAAAUGCAAACGGGAACGAUCCGACUUUCAAAGCAAACAUUUUAAAAGAAAACCUAAAUGAAGUGUGUCGUGCCGUCGGAUCUGGAGCCUCAAAAGUAUAUGUGGCCUCUAAUGGGUUAGAUUACUUUGGUACAUACAAAGAAUUUGCAAUCAUAGAUGAAAGGCAACCAAUCUCCGAAACAACAGCAGCUGUAGGUAUCAAGAACCCGGAUUACGGUACAGGAGAGGCCCUGUUCUCGGCAUACGACUCUUGUGGGCGCCCAUGUCGGCCUCUUUGUUUAACUUCAAUCCAGGGAAAGCAAAAAUACAAACCAUGCUCGGGAGUUUUCAAGAUCUCGUCUGCUGAACCAAAAAUGUUCAAGCAAACAUACAGCGAUGUGUUUGCCCUUGAUAUAUCGCUGGACAAUUCCGUGGCCUCUGGACCCGGAGACGAUUUAAGUUCCCCCAGCAUUACAUUUGUAUGUGACGAAAACAAGCACUGGCCAUGGGUGUAUUAACU